UCUAUCAAGAUUUAAACCAUGUCUGUAGUUCUUGAAACUACUAUCGGGGAUUUAACAAUAGAUUUGUUUACUAAAGAAAGACCUCACUCUUGCAAAAACUUUCUGAAGCUAUGUAAAUUAAAAUAUUACAACUUUUGUCUCUUUCAUCAUGUACAAUCAAAUUUUGUGGCUCAAACAGGCGAUCCAACAGGUACUGGGUCUGGAGGACAAUCAGUAUAUGGAAUUUUAUCAGGUAAAGAAGCAAGAUAUUAUGAAGGAGAAAAAAAACCAAAAAUUAAACAUGAUCGACCUGGACUUGUAUCAAUGGUGAAUUGUGGUGAUAAUUUAAUUGGAUCACAAUUCUUUAUAACUUUAGGUGAAGAUACAACUUGUUCAUUAGAUGAACAUAUUGUUUUUGGUGAAAUAGCUGAAGGUCAUGAUGUAUUAUUGAAAUUGAAUGAGACAAUAUGUGAUGCUACACAUCGACCCUAUCAGGAUAUAAGAAUUACACAUACAGUCAUCUUGGAAGAUCCAUAUGAUGAUCCUGAUGGUUUAAUUGUACCUGGUCAAUCUCCUGAGCCACCAUUAGAAGUACUCCAGAGUGAUAGAAUUGGAGCAGAUGAAGACAUUACUGAAGAUAUAGACAUUGAAGAAUUAGAAGAAAAACGACUAGAAAAGGAAGCUCUUGCUCGUGCUACUAUUCUUGAAAUAGUUGGAGAUUUACCUUCUGCUGAUAUUGCACCUCCUGAAAAUGUUUUAUUUGUAUGUAAGCUAAAUCCAGUUACCAGUGAUGAUGAUUUACAAAUAAUAUUUAGCAGAUUUGGUAAAAUUGUAAGUUGUGAAGUUAUUAGAGAUAAAAAAACUGGGAAUUCUCUACAAUAUGCUUUUGUUGAAUUUGAUAAUCAAAAAUCAUGUGAAGAUGCUUAUCUGAAAAUGGACAAUGUUCUAAUUGACGAUCGCCGAAUUCACGUAGAUUUCAGCCAGAGUGUAUCAAAAAUUAAAUGGCUUGGCAAAGGACGUGGAGUAAAAUAUACUGAUAAAGAUGAUGAAGGGAAAAAUAUAAGUGAUAAAUAUUCAAAAUACAGAAAUAAGAAAAGAGAUAGUUAUGACUCUAGAAAUAAUUAUAUUAAAAAUAAAACGUCGUCUCAUGAAUCAAAACGUUAUAAAAAAGAUGAUAAUAACUAUAGAUAUAGAGAAAGUGAAAAAGAGGAAAAGGCACCCUAUAGCAAGUAUAAGAAAAAUGAAAAAGAUAACUACAGAAGAUAUGAAAACGAUGACAAAAUGAGAAAGAAAUAUAGAAAUGAAGGAGAAAGAAGAAAUGAAAAAGAUGGAAAAAAUGAAAAGGGUGACAAAUAUAAAAGAAGUAAUAGAGAUGAUAGAGAUAAAAGAAGUGACAGAAUCAAAAGAAGUGAUAAAUAUGAUAGGGAUAGCCGUAGAUAAGUUAAUAGGUAUUGAAUUAUGAAUAAAACAAUUGAAAAUGCCAAUUUAAUCAUUUAUGUAUUUAUAUUUUCGACAGGAAAAUUGCUUUGUGAAUUACUUUAAAAAUAUAUACAUAAAUACAUUUUAAUUAUUAAAUUUGUAUUAAACUUGAAUAUAUUUGUUACUUGUACCAAAUAUAGAAUACUAUUCAACCAAUAAAUUUGUAAUGUAUAUAAAAUAGGUGCAGGCAGAAAAUUUAGUACUAUCAUUCAAUAUGAAAAACAAUUCUGAUUGAAGAUAACCUAUGAAACUAUAAUAUUACAAAUUCACUCAAUGAUUCAAAAUUCUGGGGACCAAGCUAAAAAUAAAAUUUGUAAAGGUUUUCAAUUUACCAAAUGUUUGAUUAUUUGAGGGAAAAAAAUUAAUUUGAA